CUCGGCAACUUCUUCAAGACCUCGCCCACCGGAGGCUCCUCGCACGCUAAGGGCAUUGUGCUCGAAAAGGUCGGCGUUGAGGCCAAGCAGCCCAACUCGGCUAUCCGCAAGUGUGUCCGUGUUCAGCUCAUCAAGAACGGCAAGAAGGUCACCGCUUUCGUGCCUAACGAUGGUUGCCUGAACUUCGUCGAUGAGAACGACGAAGUCCUCAUCUCCGGCUUCGGUCGCCGUGGUAAGGCCAAGGGUGAUAUUCCAGGUGUGCGGUUCAAGGUCGUGAAGGUGUCGGGUGUUGGUCUCCUCGCUCUGUGGAAAGAGAAGAAGGUUCGUUCCCCCCGUUCCCUUCUUCCAGUUGCCCUGACUAACUCAGGAUUGCAGGAGAAGCCCCGGUCAUAA